AUGGGUUGCUGCUUCUGCGUGCCCCGGCCGAGGAAGCUGUGCAAGUGCUCGGGUGAGUAUCCCCCGAGACCCCUAGUAGGUGGCAAUGCCCCGCCCAGCGUGGCUGUUCGGCCAGCAGAGGUUCAGGAGGGCGACCAGGAGUACCAGGUUGGUGGAGGGGCCCAUGUGCUGGUCACCCUCCUGAUCACCCAUCCUCAAGAUGGCAGCUGGUUAGUCAAUUCCAGUCCUGCCCCUCCUAAUCUGCUCUCCUUAUACUGCACCCAUUUAGGUAAAGACCCGCCUUCCAGUGUCCCCGCGUCCACGGCCGAAGCCCCAGGACAAUGCAUCCCGCCGCUGACUUCGCCCACCAUGGUGUCAGUUCACCGAUUGAUUCUUUCUGGAGGAGUGGCCCUGGGCUUUUCAGUGGAGAGCCGCUCGACUGGCCGAGUCAACGACAAGUUGCAGGCGGUGGCGAGGACUCGCCUGUGGUCCCUGGAGAAUGACAGCCAAGAGGUGGAAACCCUGUUCAAGGAGCUCUCCGCCCGGUUGCUGUCCAUCCAGACCAAGAAGGACCAGUUUCUCAUCACUUUCAAGACUGUUGAUGAAAUAUGGAAGUUCUCCACCUACUUGAAUUUGGGGCUCGUGGCCUCCUGCCUGCAGCACCUGCUCCUGGAUGGGUCAUUCUGGCUGGACAGUGCCUUGGUGGAUGACACCGAGGUGCGGGUGGAAGUGGGGGAGGCGGAGCUGGCGGCCAUGUACCUGGACCUCCUGCUGCAGGAGGGUCAUUUCUUUGCCAGAGCACUGGGCCCCAUUCGCCCGGCCGCCGGGGAGGAGGCGGAGGGUCUGGAGCUCCACUCGGGGGAGAUGGUCUCUGUACAGAGCCCGGGGACUGGGCCGACGUGGGAGGUGGUGUCCUUGUCCACAGGGCGGCGGGGCCUGGUGCCCAGGAGCGCGGUCCGGCCCCUGCCCCACCCAUUUCAGCAUUUCUGCCUUUCUCUGUCAUUGUGUCUCUGCUGCUGUAUCUGUCCCCAGGGGUCUCUCUCUUUGGGCAUCUCUCUGUCUCAGGGUCUCUCUCCGUGUGUCUCUGUCUUUUGGUGUCUGAGUCUUGGGGUCUGUAGGUAUCUCUGUGUCUCGCUGUCCCUGCAGUUUUGUCUUUUGGUGUCUCUAAUUAUCUCAGUGACUCUAUCUUGGUGUCUCUGGGUGUAUCUCUGGGCACGUCUCAGUUUACCUGUGUCCACAGGGAGCGGGCAGUGCCGGGCCGUGGACGAUUGCCCAGGGGAGGGUCCGGAUGAGCUGAGCUUUCGCCAGGGAGACACCAUCCAGGUCAUUGGCCUGCUCGUUCCUGGGCUGCAGUGGUUUCUGGGAAAAUCCAACCUCACCGGGGACGUGGGCUUCGUCCGCACAGAGCACGUGGACCCCAGCUCCUGCAAACCUCUGGGUCAGCUCUCCACUCUUCUUGGUGAGGAUGAACCCCUCUUCCCAGGGGUCAGAGAGGAUGAUGGGAACGCUUACCUGAGCGCUCUCACCCACACUGACAUCACCACCGUCUACCGGCUCAGCGACGGCCCCCCGGACCCUUUCUCGGCCCGGAGGCCCCAGAUACAGAGACCCCAGUGCCAGAGACCCGAGAGCUGGAGCAGGAGAUCCUGGAGCCAAAGCUCCCAGAGCCAGAGCUCCCAGAGGCUGAGACCCCGGAGACGGAAACCCCGGAGCAGGAGACCCCGGCGCCGGAGACCCCGGAGUCGGAGCCAGAGAUCUUGGAGCCAGAGCUCUCAGACCCAGAGUUCGCAGAGCCUGAGACCCCAGAGCCCAAGACCUGAGAGCCGAAGCCCCCAAAGCAGGAGACCUCAGAGUCAGACAACCCAGACCCAGAGUCCAACCUCCCAGACCCAGAGACCCCGGAGCCAGAGCUCCCAAAGCCGGGGGUCCCGGAGUCACAGACCUCAGAAUCAGAGACUCCGGAGUCAGAGUCCAAGCUCCCCGAGGCCAAGAUCUCAGAGUUCCAUUCUGGACGCUCCAGGGUCCAGCGACAGCCUCCUCGGGGGAGCUCUGGAUGAAGACCCUGCCCUCACCUCCAGCAGGUCUGGCUCCUCGGACACAACCAGCCUAGCGGGGGAGCGACACCGCCCGACCAGUCUACCCUUACCUGAAGACUUCGGUGAGGUGGAUGCGGGGGUGACCCGCGUGGUGCCAGCAGCCAGCUCCCUUGACCCGGUCUUGACCUUCCUGAACCAGGACAGGGGCCCAGACCCCUUCCGGGCCCUGUACGGCCUUGCGGCCCGCUCCCUCCCGGCCGCCUUCCCUGGGGCCUCGGACGAGGUUGAGCUGACCACCGCCCUGGAGGCCGCCCGGGCCGGAGCCACCCGCCACCGCCUGCCCUGGGCUCGUGCCCGGCUCUGUUUCCUGCUGGGCCGGCUCAGCCGUAGCAGGCUCAAGCUGUCCCAGGCCCGGGUGUAUUUUGAGGAGGCCCUGAGAGCGCUGCCCCCUGGCUUCGCGGACCUCCCCCUCGCUGCCGCGCUCCACACCCACCUGGCUGCCGUCUACCUGUGCCAGAAGGUGGGGCCCAGGGGCGCCACCCUGCUGGGGAAGGCGGCCGCCCUGCUGGUGGGGCAGCCGGUCUGUGGGGGCCCCGGAGCUGAGGACGAGCUGGCAGUCGUCACCUAUGCCCUGCGGGAGGGCAUUGUGGCGGGCAGCGCCCCCCUGGAGAGCCGCGCUUGCUUCCUGGCCGCCCGGCUCCUCACGCGGCUGGGCCGAGGGGACGAGGCCUUGCCCUUCGUGGAGCGGCUGCGGCUGCUUACCCCUGCCCCCGGCCCGCCCCCUGUCCCUGCUCCUGCCCCCGGUGACCCCACUGCCACAGUCCUGCCUCUCCUCUAUGACAGAAAGUACCUGCCACGCCUGGCACUGGCCGCUGCCCAGUCCCGGGCCCCCACUGUGGCACCCCUGCCUGGCUGGGGGCUUGGCCUGGUUCUCCGCAGUACCACCAGGCUGUCUGCCCCCCGUGGGGCCCCUGGCUGGGGCCACAUCUCCCCCCUGGCCUGCCCCGCCCUCCGGGGGGCUUUGGCAGAUGCCCGGGCCCGGGAGGACAUAGGGCAGCAGCGGAGACUGUGCCUGGCGCUGGCCCGGGCUCACCUCCAGCACGGCCGUUCAUCCGAUGCCAUCCGCUGCCUGUCUCAGGCUAUGGCGCUGGCCCAGCGGCUGGGCGAAGCGGAAGCGUUUGAGUGCUCACUGUGCCUGGGCUGGGCCUGUGUGAUGGCUGGGCAGGCAGGGCAGGCCCUGGACGUCCUCGGGCCCCUCGUGCGGUCACCGCAGGGGGCUGGCAGCCACAUCCAGCAUGGGACGACACUCAACCUGCUGGCAUUGGCCCUGCAGCAGGCCGGGCAGGUGCAGGCAGCGGGCCGUCACUUCGCCCUGGCCCUGCGCGUAGCCCAGGAGGCUGGACACGGAGGUAACCAGGCGGUGGCCCUGGCCAACCUCGGCCACCUGGCACUGACCAGAAGGGCCCCGGGCUUGGCCACCCGCUUUCUUCUGCGAGCUGCCCGGGGAUUCCUCGGGCUCCCGGGCGGGCCCGGGCCAGAGGGAGGGCGGGUCCUGUUGUGGCUGGGCCGGGCCCUCGUGGACUGCCAUCGGCUGGCCUCCGGCCGGAUAUGGUAUGAGAUGGCGCUGCUCCUGGGCCUGGAGUCGGACCACCUGGAGACCCAGCUCCUGGCGGUGGAAUCCCUCUGUGAGAUGCCUGAUGCCACAAGUCCCAGCCCCAGCGCCCCCACCGUCUACCAUGAGCACCGUUUGGUGGUGGCCCGGCGGCUCGGGGACCGGGGGCUGGAGGCGGAGGUCCUCGGGACCCUGAGUCGGCUGUACCAGAGCCGGGGCUCCCCCAGGGCCCUGCAGCUCGCACUGGGGUUCACAAAGCAGCGCCUCAAAAUCCUCAUCGACCUGGAGGACCGGGCCGGGGCGGCCCGAGCCUGGCUAGCGGCCGGCCGGCUCCACUACCUCCUGCACCAUGACGAGCUGGUCGACCUGUACCUGCAGGCUGCCAUCCGCACAGCACUGACCACUGAGGAGCCCGGCCUGGUCCUGAGCCUCUACGAGGAGGCCGGAGACGUCUUCUUCGAUGGGAGUCACCACCGGCACCGAGCGGCAGAGUUCUAUCGGGAAGGGGCAGUACCCCUAGCCCGCCGGGCUAAGGCCACCAACACCGAACUCCGGCUCUUCAACAAGCUGACGGAGCUACAGAUCAGCCUCGGGGCCUUCGAGAAGGCGCUGGAGGUUGCCACCCUGGCUGCCAGGCUCAGCACCAUCGUAGGGGACCAGCGACAGGAGUUGGUGGCCUUCCACCGCCUGGCUACAGUGUACUAUUUCCUGCAGAUGUAUGAGCUGGCCGAGGAUUGCUACCUGAAAACUCUGGCCCUCUGCCCCCCAACCCUGCAGGGUGCCCAAGGGGCCAUGUUCUACACCAAAGUGUACUGCCGCCUGGGGGUGCUGACCUUUCACCAGCUGAAGGAUGCCCACGAUGCUGCCGGCUACUUCUGGUUGGCCCUGGCCGCCGCCAUAGAGCUGGGGGACGUGGAGCUGCAGGCGGCCAUCCGGGCCAGGCUGGGGGCCAUCCAGAGAUCUCCGCUGUGGGGAGAGGCUUCCCGUGGACGCUCAGCCGAGCGGGCCAGGUGGCUGAGCCAGGGAGGACAUGCGAUCUGAGCCAGGGAGUCACCGGGACCUGGGGUGUUCCCGGCAUUCACCAACCCUUCCUCGCGACAGAUUCCCCCUCCUGGCCAGACACCCCCACCAGAACGGACACCACCAUGCCUUCCGGUCUCCAGGAGCCACCGUUCUCCCCCAUCCCUGACUCCGUAUCGGUGUGAACGUCAGUUCAGGGUGGGGGUCCCCAGGCUCCAGCCACCACGCAUCCCCGAGGAAGCCAGGUCCGGACCCGGCCACCUCCGGACCAAGUCAAAGGAGUGAAGGAAGCUGGAUCAUCCCCCUGCCUCUUAGCCCUGGCCACAAAAGCCCCUCUGAGUCCUCUCCUCAUAACCCAAGAUGGGCAGGAUCACUGGGGUAGGCCAGCAACUCCCCACCCUACUGGUAAUAGUAGCAGGCAGCAGCAUCAAUAGCAGUAGCAUGAAGUGUCUACUUGGUAUGGUGCACUGUACUAGGCAUUUGGAAAGUACAGAAUAACCAAGUGACUCAUUCCCUUUGCAUGCAAAGCGCCAAGGGUAGAUACGACACAGUCUAAAAGGGAAGACAGGCAUGAAAAUGCUUAUGGUUUGAGUUGUAAAUUGAGCUGACACAUACCCUCUCCUUAGCUCUGGUGUGUUUUAAGAAUGUGGUUUGGGGUUGC